AUGUAGUAAGCAGCAUUAGCACAGCACUAUCAAACACAAGCACCAAUUUACCAUUAGCACCACCAUAAAUCUCAUUCAAUUACUCAGUCUCCCAUUUUGCCCUCUGCCUCAAUUACUUUGAAGCCUUAACUUACCUAAACUCCGAACCCAAACUACAAUUCUUUCAAUAAAUACAAACAAUACUAUCCAAAUGAUUUAAUACGUUCACAUCACGGUAAAUCUAUUUCUCUAAUGGUUGAUCAAAACUUUGUCGGCAAGAUUGGAUGGGGUAUGGAAAAGCCAGUGCUUAACGAAUCACCUAGGCGAAAUGUCCUUGCACUAGAGGAUCAGCCGCAUAAAAGUUAUUGGGAUAAGGAGAGGUACAACUUUUUCUUGAAAAAUAAUGGUAACUUCUCAACUAACAUAGACAAAAAGACAUCUACACACUACGAUCAGUAUCAACUGAUGGACUUAAAGUCGCUUCGAUAGAUGAUUAAAGAUAACCCUAAGACCUUCCCUAAGAAAAUGAAAAAUCUUUAUUUUGUGGAAUAGCAGGUGCAGACACAUAUUAGAGAACUUGACAUUGAUUAAGGGAGGACCAGUCUACUGAUGCAAGUAUCCUCAAGACUUAAUGGAAUGCCUUCGACUAGGGAUCAAGUAUCCCUUCUGGAUAUGCUUUAAUCUCCAUCAAAGCAUAGUACAGCCAGUAAAUAGCUGGAUGCGAUGAGGAAAAGUCAGAACCGUUCUUUCAAUCACAGCUUCAGAAAUUCAAAUUUGAAUAACUUCUCAAUCAGAGAAGAGAUAGAUGAAAUGUCUCCUCGUGGAGAUUUAAGUCUCACUAAAAAGGAAAUUAGCGUUAUCUAGCAUCCUCAAAAGAUAUUAGAUUCAUCAUUUCAACUUCAUUCUUUCAAAAAAUAAAGAUUUUCUUCAUUAACGGCUGACAAUAAGCACUUUCAAUCUUUGCAAUCUUAAACUAAUCCAAAUUCAUAUAGGAAAAAGAUUGAAAAGUGCCCUAAAAUGCAGAAGCAUAUGGAUAAAAACUAGCAAAUGGCUCACAAAAAGCUCCUCGAAAAUUCAAUAGCAUUAGCUAAUAGCAGUGGUAUUUAUGAUUAAGAUCGCCCAUUCAACUAAAGUUUUGAUCGGAACUAUAGCCCUAGUCCAAGAAAUAUUUUAUCAAAGACUGGAAAUAAUUUGGAAAGAGCUUUGAGCGUUAUAAAUAGCGGGAGAAGUAACUAAGAAGGCAGUUUUGGAGGAAGCUUCAAGAAGAAAAGAAGUAACAAAGUCGAGCAUUCUAUUGAUUUCCAAGCUAAAUUGCCUGAUCUUAAUCAGUUCUUCAAGAAGCUGCCAAAUCAUGCAAGACCAAAAGGAAUGAUAAAUUUACCAUUUAUACUUGGAAAUGAAUAGCAAAGAGAUCAACUGAAUGCAGUUCAUAAUGCUAGCAUAUUCUAAAAUGAAAACAGCAUUAGUCUGAGCAAUAACAACGAUAAAAUUAACAUUCAGGAAUCACUCAUAGGACCUCUUAAUGAUGUUAGCACUGAAGAUUAAUAAGUUUCUAUUUGA